AGCUGUGUGCGUGCGUGCGUGCGUGCGUCGUCGUUCACUUCCUGGUCAUAUGAGAAGGGAAUCAGUGCGUUGUUUCCCGGUCAAGCAGCAGCUCGUUACAGCUUACAGCAAAACAUCAGCUCCUUUACAGGUUUGCUGACCUGUAACCGUGUUGUAAACUGAACGCUCGACCCUCAAGGACAACAAACUAAAGUUUUGCAACCCCCUCUCUUCUCCUGAUUUCUGGAUUGUUCGCCGUGAACGUGGGCCAGAAGACAAUCUGUUUUCCAUCCACUUUUUCCAACACAACAAGCAGAAAGCAAUUUCAAAGAGAGGACAGUGGAUUCAAUGAGGGAGCCAGAGAGGGAGGAGCAGAUUGAUGCCAGCAUGCCUCCCAAAUUUAAGCGGCACCUGAACGAUGACGAGGUCACCGGCUCUGUGCGCAGUGAAAGGAGAAACUUGCUGGAGGAAGACUCUGAUGAGGAGGAAGACUUCUUUUUAGGACCAACUGGACCCAGAUUUGCCCCCCCGAAUGACAAAAUUAGACAGGUGCAGUCUCAGGUUGAUGAGGUCAUCGAUGUGAUGCAGGAGAACAUCUCCAAGGUGAUUGACCGUGGAGAGCGCUUAGAAGACCUGCAGGAUAAAUCUGAGAGUCUGUCGGACAACGCAUCUGCGUUCAGCAGCCGGGCCAAACAGCUGCACCGGAGGAUGUGGUGGAGGGACAUAAAGAUGAAGAUGAUCGUGGCGUUAGUGAUAGUCGUAUUGCUGCUUAUUAUAAUUAUCCCUGUGAUACUGCGAUAUCACUAGUUUCCUGGAUGGAGGCUGGAGGCUACAUCUUGCUCUUCCUCCAUCCUCCUCAUCUCCCUUUGCAAUUCCUCCACACAAGAACAGGACGCUGCAAGACCGACUGAAGAUUCAGCAGGAUCAUCAACCCUGGGACAGUGAAGAGCUUGUGUGUGUGUGUGUGUGUGUGUGUGUGUGUGUGUGUGUGUGUGUGUGUGUGUGUGUGUGUGUGUGUGUGUGUGUGUGUGUGUGUGUGUGUGUGUGUGUGUGUGUGUGUGUGUGUGUGUGUGUGUGUGUGUGUGUGUGUGUGUGUGUGUGUGUGUGUGUGUACACAUGUUUAAGGAGAACGUUGUUUGAAAAAAAUGUCCACACGCCAUUGCAAGCGGUCCACCCCAGAUUACACCCAACACCCCACUGUAUCCUCCUCAUGCAGUAAAUGUAUAUACAUCGUAGUGUUUCUAAACCUAGAAUCAGUCUUAGUCUUACAGUUUCUAUCCGAUUUUAUUAUAAUACUGUCGUCUGACAAAACAAAGACCUCAGCCAUUCCUCUCAUGCUCACCAGCCCUCCCAAACACACACCUAUCAUCUGUUCACCCCCCAUUUAGUAGAAGUAGGUCACCAAGCAGGAGAGGAAGCCUUCCCCCUUCACUCUGUACUGUUGAUAAGAUCUCAUUAAAACACAUUAUUAGAGUUAAACCAAGAUCCAAUGGCACAGAAAAAAAGCCUCUUAACUAAACAUCAGCUUCUGUAAUCAAGUUCUUUUAAAGGAAAUACUUUUUUUUUUUUUUGAUGUUUUAUUUAAAGGUAAAUGAUCACGGCUAAUUGUGGUGAGUUGUACGUUUUGAUUUGACACUGAGCACUUCUUCUAAAAGGUGUAAGUAAUCUAGCUCUGUUUCUACUAAUUUUGAUAAGUUAUUCUCGCUGCUUUUAUGAGCUUCAUUAAGGUGUAAGGCCAUGCAAACCUGAAUACUCAUCUGAUGACUGCUCAAGCAACGAGGUGAUGAAACGAGUGGAAAUUCGGAUCUAUAGCUUAUAAAUACCUAUACACACACACACACACACACACACACACACGUUCACACGCACACCUCAUAGACGUAAAUCUCGUAAACCAAACGACUCAAGCUGCCUCACACUGAAUAUAUCCAGUAAAGUAGGACCAGACUUAACUGCAGUAUUUUUUUGCAGAGGUCAUAUGGAAACGAUAUGCUUCUUACCCACACACGGGAUUUUAAAAGCCUUUAAUCUUACUCGAGGAAGAAGGAGCACAGUGUUUUGAGUUCAGAAAGUGGGUUAGAUGAGUAAUCAGAUAUGUACAGCCUAUAGUGGAGUUGCUCUUAAUGGUUUUGUUGUUAACAGGAAGUAACACAGAGACCUGUGUAAAUUUGUAUCGCUUUAAUGAUGUACUGUUCUUUUGUAUUUAAUUUAUAUGUAAAUAUCCAUUAACUUAAAAGAAGGGGAAAGUGCAUUAAUAGACUGUGAAUUACUUUUGCGUUUCGAAAUAAAUUGCUUUUAAAGGCGA